UCUGAAUGCACUGAUGUUUUCUUCCCUGUGAUCACUUUGGUACAGAACAGAUAUCACAUUAUUAUUUUUUUUGUUUUUGUUUUAUUUUAAUCUAAACCAACUCAUGUUCCUCUCAGACGAUUGUGCCUUCUCAGGCUGGAUCAUACAGAGGAGUUCUCAUUUACUCCCUGUGACAUCAGCCUGUUGCUGUGGGAAUGGCUGGUAUUUCAUAAUGGAUAAUGUACUAGUGCAGAGAAGGAAAAGCAGAGAAAGAAGAAUGCUGAGAUUUCAAAGAAAAAGCUUAUUUUAUGCUGAAAUUAUCAUCCAUUAUCAUUGGUGUCUCUCCAUGUGCUGACUCUAACCUGGCAAGUAGACGGUCAACAGCCAUGCCACGUUCUCGCUGCUAAUAGUUAUGACCAUGCCCCUCCACAGCAAAACCUCUGGAAUAACCUUGUUGCAUCAGAUACAAGCCUCAGAAUUGGAAACAAUAAGCAGACCACCACUGAAGUUACCUUCACUAGAGAGACCCCUCGGUGAAAUGUAUGUGGAGAGCAAUAGGACGGGGAUUUUUAACUACCCAGAGGGCACUUCUUAUGACUUUACUGCUGCUACUGCACCAGUUUACAGUUCUGCCAGCUUAAGCUAUGCAGCCAGUUCUGAAACAUUCGGAUCAAGCAGCCUGGCUGGACUUCAUUCCUUGAACAAUGUGCCACCAAGUCCAGUGGUUUUUCUGCAAACAGCCCCACAGAUAUCACCGUUUAUCCAUCACCAUGGCCAACAGGUACCGUACUACCUGGAGAGUGAACAGAACUCCUUUGGAGUAAGAGAAGCAGCACCACCAACAUACUACAGGUCAGGUGCAGACAACAGACGUCAAAGUGGAAGAGAACGAAUAUCUGCAUCUAAUGAUAAGGGAACGCCACCAAUGGAGUCUAGCAAGGAAACUCGAUAUUGUGCAGUGUGCAGUGACUAUGCAUCUGGGUAUCACUAUGGAGUGUGGUCAUGUGAAGGCUGCAAGGCUUUCUUCAAAAGAAGUAUACAAGGCCAUAAUGACUACAUGUGUCCCGCUACCAAUCAGUGCACCAUCGACAAGAACAGGAGAAAGAGCUGUCAAGCCUGUCGACUCCGCAAGUGCUAUGAAGUGGGGAUGAUGAAAGGGGGUAUCAGGAAAGAUCGCAGAGGAGGACGCAUGGUGAAACACAAACGUCAAAAGGAAGAGCAGGAGCAGAAGGGUGAUGAGAAUACAUCUGAAAUAAGGACAGCAUCUAUUUGGGUGAACCCUACUGUUAAAAGCAUGAAAUUGAGCUCAGUGUUGUCUUUGACAGCCGAACAGCUUAUCAGUGCCUUAAUGGAAGCUGAGCCACCUAUUGUUUAUUCAGAGCAUGACUCUACCAAACCUCUGAGCGAAGCUUCUAUGAUGACAUUGCUCACAAACCUCGCAGAUAAGGAGCUAGUGCACAUGAUUAACUGGGCCAAAAGAGUUCCAGGUUUUGUAGACUUGACACUUCAUGACCAGGUUCAUCUUUUGGAAUGUGCAUGGCUUGAGAUACUUAUGGUUGGUUUAAUCUGGCGCUCAGUGGAACAUCCAGGAAAACUGUCAUUUGCGCCAAAUCUCCUACUAGACAGAAAUCAGGGACGUUGUGUAGAAGGUUUGGUGGAGAUUUUUGAUAUGCUGGUCACCACAGCCACUCGAUUCCGAAUGAUGAGACUACGUGGAGAAGAAUUUAUCUGUUUGAAAUCUAUUAUACUUCUAAAUUCUGGUGUAUAUACAUUUUUGUCUAGUACCUUAGAAUCACUAGAAGACACAGACCAAAUUCAUUUGAUUCUGGAUAAAAUUAUAGACACAUUGGUACAUUUUAUGGCUAAAACUGGACUUUCCCUUCAACAGCAGCAAAGACGAUUGGCUCAGUUACUUCUAAUUCUUUCACAUAUCAGACAUAUGAGCAAUAAGGGAAUGGAACAUCUCUACAGCAUGAAGUGCAAAAAUGUUGUACCUCUCUAUGACUUGCUGCUGGAAAUGCUGGAUGCGCAUCGGAUGCAUACACCGAAAGAAAAAUGUGUAGCUCGAGAGGAAGACAGCCAGAGCCCUUUAACUGCUGCAACCACAACGUCACCAUGCUUACAGACUUACUAUGUAAAUAGAGAGGAAGCAAAUUUGCAGAAUACAGUAUGAGAGUGUUUUCUAUGUUAUUUUUAAUUUUUUUUAUUGUAUGGCCCUUUAGUGGCCAAACAAGAAAUUCCCAGCAGUAAACUACCUAACUAUAGUCAGUGUAUCACAUCAGCUGCAAAAUGCUGCAUAUGUAAACACACUCCGACAUGCAUCGCCUCCAAAUCACUUAUAGUGCAGGUUUUCAUAGUCGCUUGCGUACGUCACAGUCAACAGGAACCUUUGCUUUAAUAGGCUCUACCCAUUAAAAUGAAGGCUUUAUGUAAUUUUUAUAUACUCUUACAUUUAACGCUAUGCAUAAGUUCAUUUCUUCAGCUUGUAUUACUUAGAUUGGGUAGUGUGGUGAUAGCAUGGACAGCGGCUGAUGCAUUCCGCACUCAAUGUAUUACAUAGGUUCACACACACACGUUUUUAUCAAUUAAACAUAUAGCAUUACCAUAUAUCAUUUACAAGACCAUCUUACCUACAGUUAUGUAAGUGUAUCAAGUUUCAGUGUUUCUGUAGAUAUCGAUAGUUCCAUUUUAUGUACUGUUCUACUGUAUAUAGGCCCCAGCAUUCAUUUAAAAUAAUGAUUUAUCUACAUGUGACUAACAAGUUUCCCAACUUGCAAUGAAAAUACAGUAUAUUCAUAAUUAUUCAUAAGAAUACAAAUGGUCCUUAAAAAUACAAUGGGUGCAAUGUUCUUUUUAUACUUGUGGCGUAGUCCUCAAGGGCUAGAAGUCAUCAAUCACCCCCCCCAACAGAGGGUCACCAUGGCUAUGGUCCCAACUACUUUUAUAUGUCCUACAAUUUAUUACAAGGAAUUCUAUGCUUUGUCAUUUUCUUUCUGCUGUUUUUAUAACACUAAACCUAGACAUGUGUGGCCUUAACUGUAAAAGAUAUAUAUCAUUGAACAGGUUUUUGUUUUGCUGCCAAAUGUGUACCUUACCACUGGUUGUGUUCAGCACUAUGCACAGCUCAAAUGUUAUGUACAAAUCAGAAUGUAGUACUAAAAAAUACCAACCCAUGUUGUUAAAUCCACCUCCAUUCAUUAUCAAUUCUGCAAAAGUAUGCCAUGUUUGAUGUUGAACUUUGAGAAACUGAAGAGAAUAAAAGACAAAUGGACUUGCCCAUAUAAUUCCAUGUGUUGACCAAACUGGGAAAAUUGGUCUGUGAAUCAGAUCUAUUUGUUAUCAUACUGGGACGAAAAAAUAUGGCAAGUGACAAAUGUCUUGGCUUCUUGUUUACAUGUGCAUCACCCAGUCUCAAGUUCCAAAGUAUUUAUUAUGGCCUGAUCCAGUUCAGUACACACUGAUGUACAGCUUCUUGUUGCCUUCUUAGUGGUCAAAUAGUUUGUGUAAUAUUGCUGUAGUAUACCAUCACUGAAUAACUCAUCGGGACAAUGAAAUGAAACAAGUCUUGCAUGAACGGUUUGUCUAUUUCUACUUUCAAUUCUUCAUUUGUCACAAUGUGUAAUAUAAGAACAGGUUCUUCACUAAAAGAUCUAUUCCUGGAAAUAAGACAUGCAAUGCUGUAUCUUCUACUAGUUAUAAACACAGCCACACACAGGACCUUGACCACAAAUAUUCUAUAGAGGGUCACGAAUUAUGUCUUCUAGGAAAGAACAUCAUGUUUGACCAGUAAAGUGGGUGUAGGCGGUGAAGAUGUUGCUUUCUUCCAUUAACUAAAUGGACCAGCUUGACAGCAUAGUUCAAUAAUAGCCCUGCUUAUCUGUUGAUUCUUCGGAAUAAUCAUGAACCAGAACAUUGACAUUGUUUGCAGAUCCCUCAUCAAGUCCUCCGAAUAAAGUUUUGGUUAUAAUAAGGGCCCUUUUACAUGGGCCAAUGUGCUGUGUAAAUGAGUGGUCCUUGUUCUGCGGCCCGUUAAAUUCAUCUUUGUUGGCUGCAUAUCACCUGUUUACACAUGGCAGUGUGUGGCCGAUAACAAUGAUUUAGGAUAAUGUUUGAGUUUAAAUGGGCCUUAAAUCUUGAGCUGUGAUGCUGCGACAAUUGAUUUAUAAACCUGAGAUCUGCCCAAACUGUGAAAAUCUCUAAAGCUAUGCACCUUACAUAUGCUACCAAUGGCAUAUUAAUUGCACUAUUGUAAAAGCACAGGUGAAGAUGACAUUGACCUGAUGCUACUCACAUUGGGGGGGGAGGGGGCACUAAUCUCUGGGGACAGUAACCCAUUCUGGCCCAGCUCUAGAAAUCAUUUCUUUUAAUAAUCAAUAGCACUAGGUCUCCUCUGACCUCCUAACUCUUAGUAGACCUAUAUAGUCAUAUACUAUGAGAACUCUUAGUAAACUACUUUAUUAUGAAAGCAAAGUUGCACUAUUAUUGUGAAAUUGUUAAUGUAAAAUGAAUGCUAGAUUAUUCUACUAGAUGCACUAUAUUAUUAUAUUAUCAUAAUGGACCAAAAUUGUAACAGAUUUUUUCUUUGUCAUCAGUAAAGCAGCUGACAUCCAUUGUGUGACAUUUGUACACAAAGAAGCCAAAUAGAAUUACUUAUUCCUGCGCACAAUCUGACUACUAUGCAAACGCAAAAUAGAAAUUACCGUAUUUUUCGUCGUAUAAGACGCACUUUCUCUUCCCCAAAUCUGGAGGGAAAAAGUUGGUGCGUCUUAUACGGCGAAUACACCCCUAUUGCGGCGGUCCCUGCGGCCAUCAACGGCCGGGACCAGCGGCUAAUACAGGACAUCACCGAUCGCGGUGAUGCCCUGUAUUAACCCUUCAGAUGCGGCGAUCAAAGCUGACCGCCGCGUCUGAGGGGAAAGUGACACUAACCGUUCAGUCGGGCUGU